AUGUUUGCCAAGGAGCUGAAGGAGCGCAAGACUGUUGUGUGGAAUGGCCCCAUGGGUGUCUUUGAAUUUCCCAACUUUGCUAAAGGUACGAUCAGUGUGGCUGAGGCUCUUGCGGCGAGUACGGAUAACGGCGUCACCACCAUCGUCGGAGGCGGUGACUCUGUGGCCGCCGUCGAGCAAGCCGGUCUUGGUUCUAGGAUGAGCCAUAUCUCCACGGGUGGCGGCGCUAGCCUGGAGUUGCUCGAGGGCAAGGUGCUUCCGGGUGUAGCUGCUCUGAACAACGUGUAA